AACUGCAGAACCAUGGAUCCCAACACAUGGCUCGCAUUCGUAAUCGUAAUCUUGGCACUGGCGUUGGCCAUCGUCACCGUUUGGUUAGGCGAAAUAAAAAUGACUGAGAUCAAGUUCACCGAGCCGGAAAUAAAGAAAUUCUCAGUGGAUGUUCAUUGGGACCCUUAUCCGACGGAGUUUAGCGUCGAGAAUGCCAGAAACUGCAAUGCCAAAAACCUGCAAAAAUGCAAAAUAGACAAUCUCGACGACCUACUAGGCUGCAAAGAACUCGCUGUGAGCUGUCGACACUUUAGUAAAGACACCGCUUAUUACGAGCACGGUGAAAAAUUCAUAAUACCACGAAAUAAAAGCGAAAACGAUGGUUGGGUUUUGGCGAUAACAGAUUUGGCCGCAGCCUGUAAUCCAUAUCACGGGGAUUACGUUUUGGUCGCCGCCAAUGACAACUCCACCGAAUACAUGCUCGUGUGUCAGUGCAAAAACCCGGGCUACAUAGGCAACGAUGAUAUUCUCGGGGCAUGCACUGGCCUGCGGAUCUGCAACGGUAAAGUUGACAACAUCAAUCAAGAACUGAAAAACAUCAAUUGUGUUUGUAAACUGGGUCAAUACUCGCAUCGCUAUGACGACGACGGUGUGCCAGUAUGCAAGACUUUGACUGUAGAAAAAGCGAACGAAAUGUAUCCUAGAGGCUGGGAUCAUAUCGUGCCGUUUGGGUCUAAAACUCUCCUUAGCAUUGAUUACUUUCAUAAAGACAUACAGGAUAAUGUGAAAGUUCAAAAAUUGCUUAACCCAUGCGAAUACGUUUUGAAUAACCCUGAAAUCUCAAAUCCUGGCUCAAAUUUCAACGAAAGGAUUAAUUCAUGCUUCUUUAAGGAUUACGGGAUCCCUUUGCGGAUAGGGAUAUUCCCAGAAACGGAUGAUUCUGGACUCGAACCGCUGGAUGCGGUGUUGCCUAGCUUGCGAUACGAAGAAUUACGCAUCAUCGAUGGACUAACCCCCGAAGCGGCAAAAUCCGACAAUUACGACAGAAGCGAAUCGGGCGAACCGGGCAAAUCAAUUACGCCGGCCACACGUCGUAUAAAUAUGAAAGUCAUCAUUGAUGAAUACAAGGAAACUCCUAUAUAUGUUACGCUGCCUAAGAAUAUUGGUUUUGAUUCGCAUUCUCAACUGUUCAUGUCUAUGAGGGACCAGAUCGUUGGCGGACGCUGUUACGGUCAAUGGCCCUCGUACUCUUGCAAUUUCGUUAAUUACUACUCUCAACGUAGAUACGGUAUCCCGAUGGCAGGCUACCGAGACCCCCCCGGAACAUUUUUCUGGGGUACAGAUGACUGGAUCAAUGCAGAAAGCAUGAUUUCAUAUGGUGUGACGACGGAGGGAGAUGGGUUGAGGAUUAACAAAAAAUGGUUUUUAUUUAAGAAAGAUCAUCGCCCUUACGGAAUGCAAUAUUGCCACAAAAGCAAGAAGUGCCUGAACGGCAUGUUGUCCCUCAAAGAUUCUGACCAUGCCAAUAUACAUUGGGACGCAAUGGGAGGGCCGUAAAAAUCGGCUACUUGAGGAAAACUUACUCUCAAACACCAAGAGCCGUGCUGUCGUUUUUUUUUU